AUGGAAUUUCCUGCAGUGAUCAUUUGUUUACUUGCUCUUGCAUGUGUGCGAAAUACUAUGUCAUAUGUGAGCAGGCAGACCAGACAGAUAUCAACGACACAGGCGGCACCGGCGAUACCGGCGGUACCGAAUACAAAUUAUAACAAUACUCAACUUCCUUAUUCCUAUCCUACUUAUCCGAUCUAUUCGAGCAACGUGAAUCAGAUCGGGCAACCUGCCGCCCCAGUAACGAAUGUGCCUCAGACUGUUACUACCACAUCAUCGCCUGACAACAGUACCAGCUUAUUGGAUACUUCCGUCAGUAAAUCUUUCCUUCAGCAUAUCAGGAUCUAUGGCAUUUAUGUGUUGCAAGUGUUGAUGACAGUUUUUCUCGGCGCAUCUUUAAUAAACUACAUUUGUUUGCAAUGGUCUAUCUGCGAGAACGUCUUCGGAGAAAACAAUUUUUGGAAAAAUAACAAGGCAAGACGUUUGAACCGUUCGUACGCGACAUCGAAUUACUUGGAUGAUAUCAGCUCGGCAGUCUUCAAAGCAAUAGACUACUAUAAUAAGCAAUAA